AUGGGGAACAGUUUCAGCACCAAUGAACUCAAAGCCUGUAUCUCGCAGGAUCUAAAGAUCAACGUCGCCUUUCCAUUCUUCGCUACCGGUCGAAAUGAAGGAUCUGCAGCUUGUUGUGUGGUGGAUGCAGAGUGGAUCGACAAGCUGACGAGACAAAAUGACACGCGUCCAUUCACGCUCAAAAGUCCUGGACGAUUGUCGGCAACGACACCCGUGAACGCUUCCAAUAACACCAACACGACCAAUACCAGCAACCAGCAAAAGCAAUCCCCAACCACCAAUAUCUACGUCAAUGUAUUAUCCAAGGAUCCUCAUAUGCACAAUAGUGUCGAUUUGUAUCAGCCUCGAUCCACGGCAACGUCUCAGGAACAUCAGCAGCAUGAUAAGGCCACGCAAAAUCGCUCCGCUCUGGCAGCAUUACUUGAACAAGAAUCUCGAAAGGAUGGCUUAUUUGAAGGAUUGACCGAUGAUUUCAGCGUGUUCGAAUCCAUCUUUGACGACUCAGUGUCAAAAGAACAACGACAUGAGAUCUUCUUGCACCGUGUGAGAGCAAUGCUAUGGCCACAAUGCAAGCGAUAUCGUGUUAUUGACAGCAAUGAUCCGCAUGAAUUGACACUUCAAGUCACAGAUGACGACGUAGAGGAUCAACCCAAUGACACCCAUUACGGCCGAAUCGAUCUUGCCAACUCCAAUUUACCUGAUGUUUUUGCCAUCAUUGAAUCGGAUAAUGCCUUCUUCUUCCUGUCAACGUAUCGAGGCACUACGCUACAAGAUUUGAUCACCUACAAUCCCGGUGUGCUCAGCUCUAACUUGAAAAAGAGCUUCGUGGUAUACCAGAUUCUUCGUGCACUUGCAAGUUUACAUGAUAGAGGCGUUCUCCAUGGAAGUUUGAAGGCAUCCAACAUUCUCGUGGAUGAAAAUUUAUGGGCUCAAUUGGCUGGUAUGGAAUACGGUGCAAAUCCCUCUGAAUUAGACAUUGAUCAAUACAUGCAUGAAUUGUCGACGCCUAAGCUGAGCAAAGAGAUACAAGACGAGCCAUUGGUGAUGAAAUGGGUGAAAGGUGACAUAUCCAACUAUUCGUACUUGAUGGCUUUGAACCACCUUGCUGGACGCAGAGAAGGGGAUCCAAACUUUCAUCCAAUCAUGCCAUGGAUUACGGACUUUAGUGGAAACAGCAUUGAAGAUGGAUGGCGUGAUUUCACCAAAACCAAGUUUCGUAUGAACAAAGGCGAGGAGCAACUUGAUUUUACCUUCAAUGGGCCUGUGCCACACCAUAUCACGGAUAUCCUUUCCGACAUCACCUACUACGUGUAUCUUGCUAGAAGGACCCCUAUACCAGUACUUUGUCAAUUUGUGCGAUCAAAGUAUGAGCCCAAUGAAUACCCAUCCACAAUGCAGCGACUUUACAAUUGGACACCCGACGAAUGUAUACCAGAGUUUUUCACAGAUCCGACAAUCUUCAAAUCGAUACAUGAUGAUAUGCCGGAUUUACAGAUACCCCAAUGGGCAUCGUCAGCUGAAGAUUUCAUCAAGAAGCACGCCGAAGCAUUGGAAAGCGAUUAUGUAUCAGCCAACUUGCAUCAUUGGAUCGAUUUGACAUUUGGCAACAAUCUCACAGGCAAAGGAGCCGUGGAAGCGAAGAAUGUUGCACUCCCUCUUCUUGCCGGGCAAAAUAGUUUCAUGAAACAUGGCAUCAUACAGUUAUUCAAGGACAAGCACCCUCAACGUGGAUGUAAUUGGAACAUGAGCAAGAGGUCAUGUGAUGUUUCCCUUUGUCGACGUGAUAGUGAUGUGGAGCGUCAAUCCAUAUCCUGUGAUCAAUCCAUGCUACCUGAUAAGCAAAGCAUAUACAGCACACCAAGCAUUCCAUCGCAAAGAAGCCUUAAAGGUCGACAAAACUCAGCACCAUCAUCCCAUCUUCACAUGUCCCAAAGCCCCUCCAACAAUAGCUUUGCAUUGAGAGAACGUGCAGCUUCAGUUCAUUCAACGUGCUCAUCCAUUGACACUUCCACAUCGCUCACGAGUCGAUCCACUGCAGCAGCUGAACAAAUUUCUACCAUGACGAGUGCAUCAGCUGCAGGUCUUACUUCGGCACUACGAAAUGAGCCCAUUCGUUUACCAGAUGCAUUACCUGAAGACUAUUUCACUGAAAACUUGACGCAUUACGAAGAUACGAUGGAGUUUGCAGCACGAUACAAGUCGAUGCAGUCUUCCGAUGAUAUAUGCUUCAAUCCUGUUUAUCCUGAUCCAGGGGUUCAUUACAACAUUAGCCCUUGCGAUUCUCCUACACAAUCAACCAACAAAUUCUCAGUGGGCACAGCGUAUGACAUGUAUUGUGCGGGUCAAGUCAUUGAAAGUAUUUAUUUGGCGGGGAACACCAAAGUGAUGGAUAUCGAAGGCGAAACGUCUCAAAGUAUGGCGAGUGGAUACUUUGAAAUGGGCAAUGGGGAUGUGUCCUACGACCUUGCUCCAUCAGGCCGUGUCAAUAUUCCUCCAGCUGUAACAUCGGUGAUUUCGGCCUUGAAGAGCGAUGAUUGGCAACAAAGACCAUCAGCGAAAUCCAUCCUUUCAUCUUCCUUCCCAGCAUUAUCGGCAAACGACCCUGCUUGUUCUUUUUCUUUUCCUGAAUGUGUUCCCGACAUGUAUGAGUACUUGGCAGCAUUUUAUCAAGCUGAAUGGAGUCGCAGAUUGUAUUUGGCUGAUAAAUGGAUUGAUCGGAUAUAUGAACUCCAAAAUGAACCUUUUCUGCUGAUUCUGCCAACCUUUACACAACUCUUCACCCACAAUGCAACACGAGUCGGCUCCAUCAGUCUCUUCCCAAAACUUGCACAACGACUAGGUCCUGAAAGAGCAAGACAGUAUCUAUUGAAACCCAUUGUGUUCAUGUUCGAGACGUUACGACCCAACUUGCCCAAAGUGCUAUUUGAACAACACAUCAUUGACGAGUUCAUUAAGCGUCUUGGUAUGGCAACAUUUCUACAGCAAAUGCUUCCUUGUUAUUUGGAAUCCAUGGCGAUCAGCAGCAAUGAAACUACCAAGAGUACGGGUGAAAAGGCACUUAAUGGCACCGCAACAUCAUCUUCGGAUACUGGUGGGCCAACCAUUGCUGAGCUUGCUGGAGAUGCGAUGAUCCAUAUUUGCAACGCGUUGGGUCCGAUUCUCACUUCAAAGCAUAUCGUACGGCAGCUGGUCAAGAUUGCAUUCCGUGACAACACAUCAAAAUCAGUACUACUCCACGCCAUGUCGCACAUUGCCAAAAACUUUGGUGAAACAUUUACAUCCAUUCAGUAUGCGUACCUUGUCUCACUCGUGGAUCAACAUUUACAACGCACGACCAAUGAACGCAAUACGCGCAUCAUUUACAACAUUCUAUCGCUGCUUGAAGAGCUAUUACCAUACAUGUCAGAGCAAUACCUUGUAACAGAGCUCAAAUCAGGACUCGUCUCUACGCUGUACAAGUUGUUGGAACCAUUUCCCCAUUCAGAGGAGGAGAAUACGGAUAGCUUAUCACAACAAAUGAUUCGACUCCGGCUAUCUUUGAGCAUGCGUACCAUUGACCACUUUGUGUGCAUUACUCGGCAUUUACCGACCAAGGAUUGGGAAUCAACGAUCACUCCUACAUUGCAAAAAUACUUUUCAGGAUUCACAGCCAAUAUCACAAGCUAUGGACAAUCUACAUCAGCUGCCAGCACUCUCCCAGAAUCAUCCAAAGCACAAAGGAAUUAUCAGGCAAGUAUGAUGUAUGCCUACUCUCAACUUUGCAUUACUGCUGGAAAGGAAAUGUUACAUCGUAUCAUACCCACAAGCGAUGCGAUUGAAAAAUUAAUGCUUGACAAGUUCUCAGCUGAUGUCUCUGUGGACCUGAUUGACAAGAACAAGAGCCAAUUUUUCGAGAUCCCUGAAAAAGGAGUUGUCAUUGACUUUUGGAAGCUUCACGAUGCGGCAAUCGAGGGCUUGUUGGUAGCAGAAGAGUCAAAGCCAUCCAAGCAAAAAGACACUGCGGCAGACAAAGAUAGGAAGGACGCAAAGCAGGAUGCUUCUGGUAGAAAUUUGUCGAGCAGCCCUAUACAAAAGACAAGUGAGAAGGAAAGUGCAAAUGGAAGUUCAUCUACGGGCAUUAGCGCGGGCACCAAAUCCAAAGUAUCGACAAGCGUAUUACCAUGGAAGACAAAAUGGAAACCUUCGCCUGAAGAUAGAAAGAAUUGGAAUCGAUUUCUCUCUACGAAUUCAGAGGAGAUGUCCAAAUCCAUGCAAUUCUCAUUCAACGAUCUCAAGUUACGAGGAUUUGCUGGUCACACGGCAGCUGUCAGAACCAUUUCAGUCAAUGAGCCUAUCAAGCGGUUUGCCUCUGGAUCAAGAGAUCGUACCGUGAAAAUCUGGUCACUUAAUAUCCACGAGGGAAUUGAGCAUUGGGAAACAAGCCCGUAUUCAGAAUGUCUAAUGACAUACACGGGUCAUCGUCGAGGCACUAUUAAUGAUGUCCACUUUCUCCCUGGGGUUGCUAGUGGGUUGACCGAUAUCAUGGCAAGUUGUGAUGGUCAUGUACAUCUUUGGAAUCCAGAAACUGGAAAGGAGAUCCAUCAAUUCAAUGCUGGACGACCCACCGUAGUAACAAUGAAACCGAUUUUCCAUUACCAGAAUCUUGUUGGCGGGACAUUUGAAGGCAAUCUUACGUUCUUUGAUACACACAACCACAAGAUAUUGCAUACAUGGAAAUCCAAUGCCAACCUUGCAGGCUCGAUACGCAUGAUUGCUGUCAACCACUCUGAGACGUUGAUUGCAGUGGGCUUUUCCACAGGUGCCAUUUCGCUCGUUGAAUCAAGAACAGGUACCCUGGUUGCUAGCUGGAAAGGAGGUGAUACCGAGAUUACUCAGAUGAAAUUUUAUACCGAUGAAUUGCUUGUCACUUGUGCGCCUGCUGAUCAUCUCAUAUGUUGCUGGAAUGUGAAUCGUCUUGCGCUAAUGAAAACUAUGCCAGCGGUGCAAGACGUCAUAUCCCUUGAUCUCUUCAAAGACGAAAUAUUGACCAUCAACAGCAGCAAUUCGAUUUCCUUUAUACCCGUUAAUGAUGAGCGUCAAUCGUAUUCAUCCAAAUUCAAGUCAUCCAUUAUCAAAUCUCAAGUCAGCGCGCUUGCCAUUGUCCCAACUGAACCAUCGCUCAUUCUUGGAUGCACAGAAGGUGAAAUCUUCCUUUAUGCCUAA